GCCGGGCACACUGAGCCCUUGCCAACGCUGAGCACCCCACGCCAGCACACGCGCACAGAACGAGCGCUUCUCAUCAUCGUCGUCGUCGACGUCCUCAGAGCGGGCUCAACUCCCACCCAACAGCUUGCGCCGCAUCGCGCCACAUAUCAGCUGCAUAGGAGCCGGGACGCACUUUAAAACCCGGCCGGCUUCGCCUUCGACAGCACGGGGACGGGGCGCGCUCCACGGAAUCGCGAGCGCCGCGGAAACGGGGAUCAUCGCCACCGUUGGGGUCCUACAGCGCCGCCAGAUGUGAGUUGAACGACGCCGUCGGCGAGUCGGCUCGCGCGUGCGUCCAUCCCAAGCGGCCUGGCGCCCCACCGUGGGGACCGUGCCUCUCGAGCAGCGGACGAUGGGGGCCAGACGCCUCGAGAACCCCCCGGAUGGCGGCUGGGGCUGGGUGGUGGUGGCAAGCUGCUUCAUGUCCACGUCGCUCACGCAUGGCGUGCAGAAGAGCUUCGGCGUCUUCUUCGUCGAGUUCAUCGACUACUUUGACGAGAGCCGCAGCCGCACGGCCUGGAUCAACUCCAUCAUGUACGGCGUCUCCCUCUUCAUCGGUCCCCUCGCCGUCACGCUCUCCGCUCGCUUCUCGAGCCGCAGCGUGGUGAUGGUCGGCGGCCUCAUCUGCGGAGUGGGCACCAUGCUCGGCAUGCUGGCGCAGAACAUCACGCACCUCUACAUCACGGUGGGCUUCGUCACGGGCGUUGGGAGCGGCAUCGCCUACACACUCACCAACGCCGAGGUGGGGCGCUACUUUGACAAGAGGCGAGCGUUUGCGGCCGGAAUCGGGGUCUGUGGCAGCGGCGCCUCGUUCAUCCUCGCACCGCUUUUCCAGUUCCUCAUCGAGCAGUACGGCUGGCGCGGCUCCCUGCUGCUCAUCGGCGGCGGCAUGCUCAACGUGUGCGCGUGCGGCGCCGUCAUCCGCCCGCUGUACCUCAAGUCCGAGGUGGUGGCCCCGAGCCCCGACGCGCCGCGCCGCCUCGCCAACAUCCGCGUCGCACUCGCCGAGCAGCGCUCGCACGGCCGCGCCGACGGCACCGGCAAGUCGGCCGACGGCGCCAACGACACCACCGUCGCCGUCGCCGCCACCACGCGCAUCGUCCUCCCGCCCGAAGAACCCGACGCCGGUUUGCCGCCCACGCGGCAGCCGCCGGAGGAGCAUUCCCCGUACGGGCGCCAGCACAGCACGUUCCGCUCGCGGCUCCACAAGCUGCUGGACCCGACGCUCUUCCGGAACGAGCAGUUCACGCUCUUCCUGGUCUCCAACACGCUCUUCUCGUUCGGCUACCUCAUCCCGUACGUGCACCUGGCGGCGCGGGCGCGCGAGCUGGGCGUGGGCGAGGCGAGCGGCGCGCUGCUCCUCUCCGUCAUCGGCGGCGUGGAGACGGCGUCGCGCGUCGCCGCCGGCUGGCUCUCCGACUUCAAGCUCGUGAGCCGCUUCGACUUCUACACCAUCUGCGUGGCGCUGUGCGCGCUCACGCUCUUCACGGGCCCGCUGUGCCGCACGCUGCCGACGCUGCUCGUCUACGCCGUGUGCUUCGGCCUCUUCGUCGGCUCGUGCCGCUCUCUCGUCAUGCCCGUGGCGGCCGACUGCGUCGGGGUGGCGCGCAUGCCCAGCGCCUACGGCGUCACCCUCAUGUUCCAGAGCGUCGGCAUCCUGCUGGGACCCCCCGCGGCAGGCUGGCUCCACGACAUCACGGGCAACUACGACAUGUCGUUCUACAUGGCGGGCGCCGGCCUGGCGCUGUGCGUGCUCAUCCUGCUGCUCGACCCCAUCGCGAGGAGGCGGCGCCGGCGCCGCUGGCAGAAGGAGCAGGAGCCGGAGACGAGCAGCGACGCGUUCCUGCCGUGCCCCUCCUCGGACGUGUACGAGAAGCCGUCUGCUCUGCCUUGACCGCUGCCCCCCUCCCUUUCCCCCACCUCCUCCUCUGCCCCCCCCCCUCCUUCCCCGAGGUGAUUCAAAGCGACUCGAUGAGCAGCGCUCAUCUCCA